ACACCACCAAACCAACCUAAAAAUAAUUUUUUUUCUGCUCUCUAAGAAAUUCUUCUCUUCUAACUGCUUGUGUUUGCUGCCAAUCUCUUAUCUCUCUCUCUUCUCUCCUCUUCUCUAACAAUGUCAGCAUUUUAUUUUUUAGCAGCCACCAAACCAGUCUGACAAUCCAUUUGCUAAGCAUUUUAUUCUUCAUUCACUUUGCUGCAGCAUCCCCUACUUGGAACCCACACCAUGGCCUCUAAAUCAAAAUCUACUUUAUCUGAUACUCCCAAUAGCAAGCCUUCACCAGCAACUCCUAGAGUUAGUAAAUUGGGCAGGGGAGUGGCUAAAUCAGAGACUGAUUCACCUUCUCCCCUGCACAAUCCUCGCAUUUCGGUUGAUCGGUCCCCGCGAUCUGUUGCUUCAAAGCCCACAAUUGAGCGUCGAUCCCCGAAGGUUUCUACCCCACCUGAAAAACCACAAUCGCGGGUUUUGAAAGGAUCAGAGUUACAGGCUCAGUUGAGUCAUGCUCAAGAAGAUCUCAAGAAAGCAAAGGAACAGUUGGUUAUAGCUGAGAAAGAGAAGGUGCAAGCCAUCGAUGAAUUGAAAGAAGCACAUAAAUCAGCUGAAGAGGCAAAUGAGAAACUCAGGGAGGCUUUGGUUGCUCAAAAACGAGCAGAAGAGAACUCAGAGAUUGAGAAGUUCCGAGCAGUUGAGAUGGAACAGGCAGGGAUCGAGGCAGCCCAAAAAAAGGAAGAUGAAUGGCAGAAAGAGCUUGAAAGUGUCAGGAGCCAACAUGCACUAGAUGUUGCUGCUCUUCUCUCUGCCACUCAGGAGCUGCAAAGGGUGAAGCAAGAAUUGGCCAUGACUUCAGAUGCAAAGAAUCAGGCCUUGAGCCAUGCUGAUGAUGCAACCAAAAUUGCUGAGAUUCAUGCUGAGAAGGCUGAGAUCCUCUCAGCUGAGUUGACCCGGUUGAAGGCCUUGCUUGAUUCCAAGAAUGAGACGGAGGCUAAUGAGAACAGCAAGAUGGUGGCAGCUCUAAACUCUGAGAUAGAUUCUCUGAAACAAGAACUUGAGGAAGCAAAAGCUUCUGAGGAGGCAUUGGCAGAAAGGGAGGCUUCCAUUGAACAGCUAAAUGUUGAUCUAGAAGCUGCGAGAAUGGCUGAAUCUUAUGCAAGAAAUUUAGUGCAGGAGUGGAAACAGAGGGUUGAGGAAUUAGAGACUCGGGUGGAGGAAGCAACUCGUUUGGAGAAAUCUGCAACUGAAUCUUUAGAUUCGGUCAUGCAACAGCUCGAGGGAAACAAUGGUCUAUUGCAUGAUGCAGAAUCCGAAAUUGCUGCUCUUAAAGAAAAAGUGGGAUUGUUGGAAAUCUCACUUGGAAGACAGAAAGGGGAUUUUGAGGAGUCAGAACGUCGUCUUGAAGUGGCAAAGCAAGAAGCUUCUGAAAUGGGAAAAAUGGUGGAAUCUCUGAAGGCUGAGCUUGAAACUCUGAAGGAGGAGAAAGCUCAGGCUUUGAACAAUGAGAAGCUUGCUGCUUCCAGUGUUCAAAAUCUGUUGGAAGAGAAAAACAAACUCCUAAAUGACUUGGAAAAUUCAAAGGAUGAAGAAGAGAAAAGUAAAAAGGCAAUGGAAAGCUUAGCUUCAGCCUUACAUGAAGUCUCUUCAGAAGCAAGGGAAGCCAAGGAAAAGCUAUUAGCUGCUCAGGGAGAGCAAGAAAUGUAUGACAACCAGAUUGAAGAUCUGAAGAUGGUUCUGAAAGCAACUAAUGAGAAGUAUGAAACCCUGCUUGAUGAUGCAAAACACGAAGUUGAACUUCUUACAAGUACGAUUGAACAAUCCAAGCAUGAAUUUGAGACUUCCAAGGCAGAGUGGGAGCAGCAAGAGCUUCAUUUGGCCAAUUGUGUGAAACAGUCUCAAGAACAGAACGCCUCAUUGGAAAAAGAAGUAAAUAGAUUGGUAAGUGUGCUUGCAGAGAAUGAGCAAGAAGCUUGUGCCACAAAGGAGGAAGGAGCUAAGCUGAAGGCUACCGUCAAGGAAGCUGAAUCUGAGGUCAUUUAUUUAAAGGAAGUUCUUGGGGAAGCAAAAGCUGAGAGUAUGAGAUUGAAGGAGAAUUUGUUGGACAAAGAAAAUGAGUUACAGAAUGUAAUUCAAGAGAAUGAGGAGCUCCGAAGCAGAGAAGCUACUUCUCUGAAGAAGGUUGAGGAGUUAUCAAAGUUGCUUGAAGAAGCUACUGCCAAAAAGAAAACUGAAACUGAGGAAAAUGAAGAGCUAACCGACAGUGAAAAGGAUUAUGAUUUGCUCCCUAAGGUGGUUGAAUUUUCAGAAGAAAAUGGAAAUGCAAGAGAGGAGAAGCCCAAAAAGGAGAUCCCAUCUCAACAAUGCGAGGAGCCCACAAAAGCAGAUCUUCAGGAAGAGAGUAAACCCGUGAAGGAAGGCGCAGUUCAAACUAACACUGCCAAAUUUGAAAACUUGAAUGGAAAACCAAAGGACGAUGAAAGCAAAGAAAAAGAGGACGAUUCAGUAGAAGGUGAAUUUAAAAUGUGGGAGAGCUGCAAAAUAGAAGAGAAAGACUACUCACCAGAGCGAGAGACAGAGCAUGGAUCCUUCGAAGAGGAUGUCGACUCAAAGGCAGAGGGUGGUGACAGCUUUGAUCAGAUUAACGGGCUAUCAUCAGAGAACCUUGAAAAUGGUGGAAGCUCACCCACAAAGCAGCAACAACAGAAGAAGAAGAGACCUUUACUUCGGAAGUUUGGAAGCUUACUUAAGAAGAAGGGUACCACCAACCAGAAGUAGAGGUCUGGCCGAGUUGUGGCCUGGCUGGCGCCUGAAUAGCAGGCAGGUAUAUGCAUACUAUCUUGCACCUGAAUGUGUUUGCUUUUUUAUGCUUUUGGGUUCUGAUUUUAAGAAUAGGGGGAAAAUAUGCAGAGGGGCUUGUACUAUCUUUAGAUUUUUCGUUCCUUUUCAUUGAUGUGAUUCCCAUGUUGGUUGGGGGAGUAUCUUGUAUGUGAUGCAGAUUUUUUUCUUCUUUCUUGUCUAAGUUUCAUGGAAAGGAGUGAUUACCUUAAAAAUUGUAUGUUAAUGUGCUUUCAUCUAUUUUACAUCGAUAAAUCACCGUUUAUUGUUUAAUUCCUCGGAAGGGA